AUGAAGUAUUCGUCGAUCGCAGGCCUCUGUAUGGCCGUUGCUGCGGUAUCCGCGCAGACCACCACAACAGACGAUUUCACUGCUACCGCUAUAGACCUGACGCUCACCAAGCCCGGCGCGACGGGUUCGUCCGGUGUGACAUCUGCCCCAAGCUCAUCGGCGACUGGUUCGUCGGCGGCUCCAUCUGGCUCCUCUGUUGCACCAUCCGGUUCUUCUAGCGUUCCAUCUGGUUCUUCUGCAGCUCCAUCUGGUUCAUCUGCCGCUCCAUCUGGUUCUUCCGGUGUUCCAUCUGGUUCUUCUGCAGCUCCAUCCGGAUCUUCUGCUGCCCCAUCUGGUUCGUCGGCGGCUCCAUCUGGCUCCUCUGUUGCACCAUCCGGUUCUUCUAGCGUUCCAUCUGGUUCUUCCGGUGUUCCAUCUGGUUCAUCUGCCGCUCCAUCCGGCUCUUCUGCAGCUCCAUCCGGCUCUUCUGCUGCCCCAUCUGGUUCGUCGGCGGCUCCAUCCGGUUCUUCUAGCGUUCCAUCUGGUUCUUCUGCAGCUCCAUCCGGCUCUUCUGCUGCCCCAUCUGGUUCGUCGGCGGCUCCAUCCGGUUCUUCUAGCGUUCCAUCUGGUUCUUCUGCAGCUCCAUCUGGUUCUUCUGCCGCUCCAUCUGGUUCUUCUGGUGUUCCAUCUGGUUCUUCUGCUGCCCCAUCUGGUUCAUCUGCCGCUCCAUCCGGCUCUUCUGCAGCUCCAUCCGGCACUUCAAGCGUCGCCCCAAGUUCUUCAGCUAUUUCAUCUGGUUCCUCAAGCGUCCCAUCCGGAAGCAUCAUCACAUCUGGUUCAUCUAGCGCACCUGUUUCCAGCUCUGUCCCUUCGUCCUCUUUCUCAUUGUCCUCUAGUGCUCCAAACUCGGUCUGGUACUCUAACACUUCCAGCACAUACCCAUCUACUACCGGCGGAUUGACUAGCUUGCCAAUCACAUCUGACUCUAGUUCUUCGCCAAGUAGUUCUGAGUCGAGCACUACCGACUCUAGUUCUUCUGAUGCUAUUUCGACCGUGGCCAGCUCUUCAGACGUCAGCUCUUCUCUUGCCAGCUCAAGUGCUGUCAGCUCAGUUGUGGUCAGCUCCUCCGAUGUCAGCUCUUCUGCUCCAAGCUCCUCAGUUGCUAGUUCUUCUGCUCCAAGCUCUUCAGUUGCUAGUUCUUCUGCUCCAAGCUCCUCAGUCGCCAGCUCUUCGGAUACCAGCUCCAUUCUAGCCAGCUCAAGUGCUGCAAGCUCUGUUGCCGUCAGCUCUUCUGCUGCAAGCUCUUCUGCCCCAAGCUCUUCUGCUGCCACUUCAUCUAGUGCCACCUCUUCGAGCUCGCUCCUAGCUGCUUCUGCUUCCAACGCUGCCAUGACCACGAUUACUGGUUCUUCUGUCACUAGCAGCUCCGUUGCAUCAAGCACCACUGCUAGCGCUACCACCACGCUAGACGCUGCUACCGCUAGCGCCAUCCUAAGCGAGCACAACGCCAAGAGAAGCCUCCACUCCAACACACCUGACCUAACCUGGGAUGACAGCUUAUCCGCAUGGGCCUAUGCCUACGCUGAGUCUCUUUCGGGCACCAGCUACGACCCAUGCUCUGGCAACCUAGUCCACUCCUCAACCAGAAACAAUCAGGGUGAAAACAUCGGCUUCGGUACUGUUUCAGACCCAAACACCUUGGUUGACUACUGGUAUGAUGAAAUCCAAUACUACGACUACGACAACGUUACUGGCAUCACGCACGAUGGCCAGGAAGUUGGUCACUUCACUCAGUUAGUUUGGGCAUCCACCACUAAGGUUGGUUGUGCUGUUAUUCAGUGUGACACCAUGGCCAAAUAUGGCCAAAACUCCCAAUACCUGCUUUGUGAAUACACUCCAGCAGGCAAUAUCUACAACGGCACUCCUGGCCAGGACGAGUUCUCGUUCUUCAAGGAGAACGUUCAGAGAUUGAAGUGA